AAGCGAGAACUUGUCAAAUGGAUAGAGUAUUCAAUAAAGAAACGUUCAGGUGUCGGGGGUGGUGGUCCUCUCCUCUUCCGCAUUGAUUACUCGGCAACCACACCAAAAACGUCACAUAAAAUCACACCAUGAACGUUCCAAACCUACACCAAUUUCUCACAACCUAAAAGAAAGAUCAAAAGCCAACAGCUUCUGAAAAGUUCGUCUCUCUCUCUCUCUCUCUCUCCACACGUGUAUAGCGUUGUUGCGUCGCUUCCCCCUCUCUCUCCACUCCACUUCCCCUCGUCUGUAUCUCCGGAUUUGUUUGUUUAAUGGAUUUAGGGUGCGCCACCCAAGAUCCGACUGUGAUCAGUCCGUGAGGAGGGACGACGGCGGCAGCUAACAAACAUGAGCCCUCAGAAAUCAAUAUCGAUACAGCUUUCGAGAUGGUCCUCGGAUCUCCACUGGCGGGUCAUCCUCCUCCCCCCUCUCUCUCUCCUCGUCUUCCUCUCUCUCUCCUCCCUUCCCUCUUUUGCCCCUCUCCAAUCCUUCUUUUAUAUCCCUGCCCCGGCCCCUCCUCAACCAAUUUACAGGGCUCGUAACAGCACGACGAGUGGUGGCCAGCCGGCGGCCGACCGGUCUGGGAAAACCGAGUUGGGCCGGUCCAGGAUGGCGGUGUGUUUGGUGGGUGGGGCCAGGAGGUUUGAACUCACCGGGCCCUCUAUCGUCGAGAGGAUUCUGAAAGUUUAUCCGAAUUCAGAUCUCUUCUUGCACAGCCCCUUGGACACGAGUGCGUUUAAAUUCUCCCUCCUGAGGACUGCGCCGAGGAUCGCCGCCGUGCGGAUAUUCGAGCCCAAGCCCAUCCCCGAGACCGAGUCGCAGGCCCGAGUUCUCACACCCGGCGGCUCACCCAAUCGCAUUCAGGGACUCUUGCAAUAUUUCCACCUCGUAGAAGAAUGCCUGACGAUGAUCAAAGCGUACCAGGCCCAAAACAACUUCACAUACGAUUGGAUAGUCCGAACCCGAGUUGACGGAUACUGGUCAGCUCCACUCGGGCCCGAAAACUUCGUCCCUGGCCACUAUGCGGUCCCACCAGGCUCAUCAUACGGUGGACUCAACGACCGGUUGGGAAUCGGCAACUUCAUAACCUCCACUGUGGCCCUCUCCCGCCUCUCCCUCAUCCCCUUACUCGACUCGGCAGGGUUCCGUCAAAUCAACUCGGAAACCGCCUUCCGAGCCCAACUCACCACCAAUAACGUCUCCUACAUCACCAAAAGCGUUCCUUUUUGCGUAGUGUCUGACCGGCGAUACAAAUUCCGACCUGGUAUGCGUGGCGUUCCGGUGGUGGCAUUGUCGAGCCCAGGUCCGUUGAACGGGGCCAAGUGUAGGCCGUGCACGGCAGCGUGUUAUGGCCGGUGCGUGGGGAGCGCGAUGGAUCCAUUAUGGGCCAACGGGGCCCUUCAGUUGUGCGAUGCCCACGGGGAAUGGGAAAAGGGGUGGGAGAGGGUGUUCGAUAAAGCUUCUGGGAAGAAGCUCGCGGCGGCGAGGAAGCGGGUUAGGGGGUUGAAGUUGAAGCAGUGUGUGGAUGAUUUUGAGAAUAUGAAGGGGAGGGCGGGUAAUUGGGACGCGCCGGCGGCGGUAGAUAUUUGUAGACUCGGAUUGGGAUCAUAAGGGCAUCUGUAUCAGGCUUGCUACAAGCCCUUGUAAACUAAAGUGGCGAGAGAAAUUCAAAAAACCUCCAAAAUGUACUCUGCACCAGACUUGCUAUAAUACCCUGCAAUAUAAAAAAGAAAGUGAAGAAUGUCGAAAAUAAACUAACAAAUACUGACAUAGGAAUAGGAAGUGAAGAAUAUUAGUAGUUCCUAUUCUUUUCCUUGCAUACCUCACGUGGUUUUAUAUUUUAUAUGUUACUCCCCUAAUCCCCAAAUAAA